ACAGAAAUGAAACUUCUGGUUCUGCACAAACCUUUAAAGGCUGAACUACUCAGUAUCAGUAUUUGCAAAGCAAGAAGAUAAAUGUAAAGAAGAAGCCCGCUCAAAAAUAAGUGACACGAGAGAAGUCAACGCUGAAAUUUAUCAAAAUGGAGAGCUACAGCUACAUUUUAUUUAAAGCAAAUAAGCGAGUGACGCUUAAAGAAGAUGACAUGACUACCGAGAAGGUCGGCCGGAUCUUCCAGGUAAACAGCACAACAGUCUACUUAACCGAUGACACCAAUGUGGCCAUCUUUCCGAAUCAAGAUGGUUACUUCAGUUCAAAUUGUCUGGUUGAGCGUAGCCACUAUGAGGUUCACGGUGAGUGCACAGAGGCACCUGUGGCAGGAACCCCAGACAGCUCACUCCAGCCCCAUAGAUUUUCUUUUCACUGGCCAUCCAGUGUUGCAGCAAGCUCUGUUUCCACCAACAGGGCCAGUGGAAGAACUCUGAUUGCUAAAGGUUUUCAAAGGAGCAUCUACAUUGCAGACUUAGCAGAUGGGAAGCUUGAAACGAGCCAGACCCUAACUGUACGCUUUUCGGAGUUUGAAGCGACUGUUGAUGGUAUCCUGUCCAAAGUGAAGGAGGCUUUUCAAACUGAAGACACCAUUGUCUUAACUGAUGGCCAAGGAAACAAAAUCGUGGACUCUGAAGGGACCAGAGGGUCAUCAUACUGGAAACAGAGUGCUAAGAAGGUAUUUGCCCUGAAAGAGAGCCUUUUUCAACAGCUUCAAGGACGAAAAAGGAGGAGAUUAAGUCGAGCAGAUGAGACUGGCCUCAGUGAAACACUGGACAAAAUUGAAGAGGUGGUUCUUGCUGCACAGGGACUUCAGGAUGUCAUCACCACCAUAAAGAGCUUAACAGAACUUGCCCAUUCCAACCGUAUGUUGACAGUGACUCUGACAGAGGCCCAAGCUGCGGCUGUUAAAGCUGCCUUCACCUGUGUAAUCUGUAGAGGUACUGUUGAUGACCCUAUGGUUACAUCCUGUUGUAACAGCAUUGUGGCCUGCAGGAUCUGCCUUGAACAGUGGAAGAACAACUCUGAAUUUUGUCCAAAAUGCCAAGCCAGUGGAAUUGAUGUGAACAUGCAAAGACUUAUUGGUCUUAGCGAAGUUUUCACAGCACUACAAAAGAUACUUGAGUAAAAUGUUACCUUUACUGUUGUGGCUUGUUCAGGCACUAUGUUUUUAGAGUUUAAGUGUUUUUAUACCAGUUUUAUUGACCCAGCCGUUAAAAGUUCAUACAGCUCUUAAAACAUUUAAUGGGUUUUCAUUACAAGUCUUGCAAAUAUUGCUACGUUUGAUUAAAAAAUAAACUCUUGCUCAUGUUAACACACUUGAAGAAUACUGUUUAGGCAACACUUAACGAUUGCUUACUUUUUUGUAAUCAAGUCAAACAAUAGUAUAUGUAUUCAAAAUAAAACAUUCAAAUGUCAUGUUUGAUUGCCAUACA